AUGUGUUCCAGGCUUCGUCGUGACUGUGGUGGUGCGCAAAGCUGUGGAGGAUCCUCAUAUGGUCCACCACCGACUGCAGCUCCUUAUGUUCCACCACCACCACCGCCACCACCACCGCCACCACCACCGCCACCACCACCGCCACCACCACCCACGGAAGCUCCGUAUGUACCACCACCACCGCCGCCACCACCAGUUACAGAAGCUCCGUAUGUGCCACCACCCGUUGAGAAGAAAACGUGCGUAACUUGUAAGGAGAUCAACAUCAUCCAUGAGUACGUGAUGCCUCCGCGUAGACGGUGGGGAUGGCGCCAUCACCGUCGACGUCGACCACAUUGGGGUUACAUGAUGCCGCCUAUGAUGCCUUAUAUGCCUAUGAUGCCUCCUCCAAUGCCUCCACCACCUCCACCUCCUCCACCACCACCUCCGCCACCACCAGAACCAGAACCUGAAAUUGAAGUAGUUGUCGUUCAGCCUCCACCUCCACCACCAAAGAUAGUGAAAAUGAAAUACGUAUAUCAUCGCAAAGUGCCCUGGUACAGUUGCACAAUGUGUACGACCACGUACUCCCAAGGCACAUACUCGCCGCCGCCUUCAUCUGGAUCUUACGGCUCCAUUUCGCCGCCUCCCUCUCCUGGCUAUGGUGGGUCCCCAGAGCCGGGUUAUGGAGGUGGAGGCCCGCCACCACCAUCUAGCUAUGGACCACAUUGA